AUGACCUGGACUCCUCCCAACCCUACCUCGGUCUGCGCACCUACCCCUCGCAUCCCCGAGGACACUCACACCCAUGCCAAGGUUGCCGAAUACAAGCCUCUCCACCUCCACCUUGACUGGAACAUUGACUGGGAUGCCCGCAUCAUCUCCGGCCGUGUCUCACACCUCAUUGAGCUCAUCCAGUCCGGUCUCACUUCCAUUACCUUGGACGCCAGCUACCUGAAGAUUAGCUCCGUCAAGGUUGAAGGCAACCAUGUCGACUACAAACUCGGCACCCAGCGUGGUACCCUCGGUGCCCCCCUCGAGAUCCCUAUCCCUUCCUCGCUCAACAAAAAGGGCGACAAGGUCCACGUAGACAUCCACUACAGCACCACCCAACACUGCACCGCUCUCGGCUGGCUCACCAAAGAACAAACUGCAGGCAAAACCAACCCUUUCCUCUACUCCCAAUGCCAAGCCAUCCACUGUCGAUCCCUUGUACCUUGCAUCGACUCGCCUUCGCACAAGAUCACUUACACCGCUACCGUUUACUCUCGCAUCCCCGUCCUCAUGUCUGCUCUCAAAGACGACUCCAAGCCGGACACCAAGGACACUUACAACUUUAAGCAGCCGGUGGGUAUUCCUUCCUACCUCAUUGCUAUUGUUGGUGGUGAUUUGGAGUUCCGCAAGCUAGGCGAGCGCACUGGUAUCUGGGCUGAACCUCCCAAUGCUGAUGCAGUCCAGUGGGAGUUCGAGGCCGACGCAGAGAGAUUCCUCCAACACGCCGAGAACGUUAUCUCACCCUACUCCUGGACGCGCUACGACUCUGUCGUUCUCCCCCCAUCUUUCCCUUAUGGUGGGAUGGAGAAUGCCAAUCUCACCACCCUGACCCCUUCCUUGGUGUGCGGAGAUCGAAGCUUGACAGACGUUCUACUGCACGAGCUCUGCCAUUCUUGGUCUGGAAAUCUCACCUCCUGUGCCAACUGGACUCACUUCUGGCUUAACGAGGGAUGGACCGUCUAUCUCGAACGUCUGCUUCUCCAAGACGUACACGGAGCUAAACAAGGACCUGCUCAUCGAGGUUUUUCGUACAUUAUUGGCAGUAAAGCUUUGAAAGACGCAUUGGAGCAGUUUACGGAUAAUCCUCGAUUUCAGCGACUUAUCCCAGCGUUUAAGGAUGGGGAAGAUCCAGAUGAUGCUUUUAGCUCGAUUCCUUAUGAGAAGGGAUCGAACUUUUUGCUGUACCUAGAGAAGACAGUAGGAGGGUUGGACAACUUUUUGCCUUAUGCGAAAAGUUAUUUCCACGCAUUCUACAAUCGGUCCGUUACCACGGAAGAGUGGAAGGAGCAUCUUUAUAAGUUCUUUGAGGGCAAUGCUGAGGCAAAUGCGGCGUUGGAGAAGGUGGAUUGGGAAGCUUGGUUCCAUGGCGAAGGAACUGAGUUGCCGGUGAAGAUGGAAUAUGAUACUACUCUUGCUGAACAGGCUUUUUCUCUUGCCCAACGCUGGAUUAGCGUUAUUGAGGGCAAGACCAGUCUUGAUAAAGCUCAUUUUACAAAGGAGGAUAUCAAAGGCUGGAAUGCAAAUCAAGUUGUUGUCUUUUUGGAAAGACUUCAUUCCGGACCAAAGGUCCCACUCGCUAUUACCAAGAAGCUUGACGAGGUAUAUGGAUUUAGCACGGCGACCAAUGGGGAGGUGUUGUUGAGGUUCUUUGAAGUAGCACUUGAAGUUGAGGGUGGGCAGUACGCUCAACAGGCAGCAGAGUGGGUCAAGGGUCAAGGAAGGAUGAAGUUCUGCCGAACCGUCUACAGGGCACUGAACAAGGUCGAACCAGACUUGGCAAAGAAGACGUUUAUCGAGAAUAAGAGCUUCUAUCAUCCCAUUGCUGCGGCGCAGAUUGAAAAGGAUCUCGGUCUUUGA